AUUGACCGCCCUAACGAGCUCGUGACGUCGCUGCCGUUGCAGAUCAUUGCCUUCGACGAGCUCAAGAAAGAUCUGCGCGCGUCCACGGAUCCGGAGAGCAACCCCAAUCAGACGCAAAUGGAGCGGCUAAGGAAGGUGGAGCGCAUCUGCCGAAUGCUGAAAAAGAUCAUAUCGCCUGAGUACUUCAUCCACGCACUCUUCUGCCUCAUGUUCCUCUGCGCCAUGGAGUGGCUCACGCUCAGCCUCAACACUCCGCUGCUGUGCUACCACGUGUGGAGGUACUUCCACAGGCCCCUGUUAGACGGCCUGUACAGCCCCACGAGCCUGACGAACGUGGAGGUGCUGGGCUACUGCCAGCGGGAAGGCUGGCUCAAGCUGGGCUUCUACCUUCUCUCCUUCUUCUAUUACCUCUACAACAUGAUAUACACGCUCAUCGCUAACGUAUAGAGAGGAGAGGAGAGAGACAACAACUGGACAUCCGGAUGAAUACGAAGAGACAUUUUUUUUAAACAAAAGCGAACAGCAAAGACCACUGGACAACGAUGACUGGGAGUUGUUUUUUGCGGUCUUAUUUUUUUUGUAUUCCCGGAGAAGACUGCGACUACUGCUGCUGCUGCUGCUGGUGGUCGUGGUGUUUCUCUCGCUCGCUCGCUCGCUCCCCCUCUCUCUUCAAAAACAAAACCUCUGAACGGUGGAUUCGGCAUCUGCCGCUCAACUGGCGGAGGAGUCUCAUCCACUGGGGGUG